AAAAUUUAUUAAAAAGCAAGCAACUAAAUUUUAAAUUAUAAGUGUUCAAAAUAAAUAGUUUUGAAAUUAUAACAUACAGUUUGUUGAAUGCGUAUACGUGACUCCGACCUACCGUGUUAUUAAAUCAAUACUUCACUAACUCCGUUUGUGUGCAUACAGGCGUUCUAAGUGUUUAUUUGUGUAUGUUCAGAAAAUUGUUACGAUAGUAACAUACAUUCUACAAUAGUAAAAAGAAUAUCAACAAAACUUAAAAAAAAUGGCGUUCAUGAUGCCCGUUGUAAAAAACGAUUGGGAUAUAUAUAAAUCAAAUCGAUCACGUCGUAGCUCGGAAUGUUCAAAUCCACAAACAUGUCGUUCACGUAAAGUGUCCGAAUGUUCGAAAUCGGAUGGGCCAAGUUUAUCUACAUCACCAGGUAGUGAUUUUAUGGUUGGCUCACCAGCACAUCGUAGUGUACCAACAAAUAUGACGUCACGUCAAUAUUCAACACAAAUCAGUUCACGAAAUUCAGCAUGUAGUCUACAAUCACCCGAUUCAUCCCGAAAUACAAAUGCAACCUAAUAUUAUCUAAUUGAUUUGUUCUUUUCGGUAAAGCUGUUUUGCAAGGAUCAGGAACACGUUUUUUAUGAACAAACUCUUAGCAUGUUAGUUUCAAAUUCAAUUUGACAUAGUGUUCGCAUGAUUCAAAAAAUUAUAAUUGUUAUAUACACAUUCUGUGAUCUCAAAUAAAACAAUAGUUUUUCAAUUUAAAACUGAUUACAGAGUUUGUAAAAAUGUCUGCACCGUAAUGAGAAGUUUUAAAGGUUUUUAUAUAAUUUUCGAUAUUAGAAUGCGAGAAUUACGACAGUGGAUAAGCGACGAAAGACAACGAACAAUAGUUCUUGAGCGAUAAGGUACAAUGUUCAUUCUGUAAACUCCAAAUUAUACAUAUGUGACGACAUAUUUUAUUAUCGAUCGGAGUUUGAAAAUGGUUUAAUUUUGCCGAAAUGUAUCACAUACAAUUUAAUGGCAACUAUUUGUGCUAUUUGGACUACUUAAAACGAUUUAUGUCACUAUUGAAACACUAUAAAUCGAGUCUGCUUAGAACUAGUUCUAUUAUCUACUUUUUGAACAACUGAAAAACAAUAAUUACCUUACCGAAAAUUGUUGAAUACAAUUCCCAUUUUUCAACAUAAAAAAAGGACCAAAUUUUUAAUAGCCUUGGGUAUGUGACGACUCUAAAAAUUAAGUAAUAUUUUCUAGGAAAAAUUCUACAUGGUACUAAAAUGAUUUCAUCUAAUUGACAAUAGUAAUUUUUUUGUUGUUCUUAUUUCGAAUGUAAAUUUAUAAUCGUAAAUUUCCCAUAUGAUGUAGACAUUUUGGCGAACUCUGUUUAUGGAAAAUUUUCCAUAAAUUAUUAUAUGAAGUAAUUAUCCUCUUAGAAUAUUAAAUUUAUAAAUACAUAUUAUAUACAAUAUUCUAAUUGUCCUUGACAAUGAGAGUGCAA